AUGUCCACCCCCGAUCCGCCUGUGGGGGGCACCCCUAGGCCUGUGCAGUCCCCUGGGCCUGGGCCUUCUCCUGGUGCAAUGCUGGGCCCUAGCCCUGGGCCAUCUCCUGGAUCAGCACACAGUAUGAUGGGGCCAAGUCCCGGGCCUCCUAUCCCUCCCCAGGGACCUAGCGGAUAUCCUGCAGAGAACAUGCAUCAGAUGCACAAGCCGAUGGAUUCCAUACACGAGAAGACCAUGCCGGAAGACCCACGUUAUAACCAGAUGAAAGGGAUGGCGAUGAGGCCUGGUGGACAUUCUGGUAUGGGACCCCCACCAAGUCCAAUGGAUCAGCACUCUCAAGGCUACCCUUCUCCGUUGGGCAGCUCGGAGCAUGUCUCUAGUCCAGUGCCCUCAAAUGGCCCACCACCUGGACCUCCAAUCCCUUCUAGCUCAGGAGUGGUGAACAUGGAGAACCCAGACCCUCAGCAGCAGCAGCAGGCAAGCCGCAGUCCGACCCCUUUUAACCAGAAUCAGUUGCAUCAGUUACGAGCACAGAUAAUGGCAUACAAGAUGCUGGCCAGGGGUCAGCCAUUACCUGACCACUUGCAAAUGGCUGUGCAAGGCAAGAGGCCCAUGCCGGGCAUGCAACAACAGAUGCCAACACUACCUCCACCUGCGGCCUCUGGGACUGGCCCAGUACCUGCCUCGGGACCUGCGCCACCCAGCUACAACAGACCUCACGGUAAAAACACAAUUCUUGCACAGGGAAUGGCAGGACCUGCCAUGCCACCCCCAGGACCCUCCGGAGCUCCCCCUGGGAUGCCAGGACACCCCCCAGGUGCUCCUCCUAAACCCUGGCCUGAAGGUCCCAUGGCCAAUGCUGCGGCCCCAGCCACUGCACCUCAGAAGUUGAUUCCUCCACAGCCAACUGGCCGGCCUUCACCUGCACCCCCUGCCGUGCCUCCUGCCGCUUCACCCGUCAUGCCACCCCAGACACAGUCACCAGGUCAGCCAGCCCAGCCUCCUCCAAUGGUCCAAUUUCACUCCAAAGCCAACCGCAUCACUCCAAUCCAGAAACCCCGGGGCCUGGAUCCAGUGGAGGUGCUGCAGGAGAGGGAAUAUCGACUCCAGGCACGUAUUGCACACAGGAUCCAGGAGCUGGAGAACCUUCCAGGGUCAUUAGCUGGUGACCUUAGGACCAAAGCUACAAUAGAGCUGAAAGCCUUGCGUCUCUUAAACUUUCAGAGACAGCUGCGACAAGAAGUCGUGGUCUGUAUGAGAAGGGACACUGCUCUAGAGACUGCACUGAACGCCAAGGCUUACAAGCGCAGUAAACGGCAAUCGCUGCGUGAGGCUCGGAUCACAGAGAAACUGGAGAAACAGCAGAAGAUUGAGCAGGAGCGCAAGAGACGGCAGAAACAUCAGGAAUAUCUAAAUAGCAUUCUCCAACAUGCCAAGGACUUCAAGGAAUUCCACCGAUCUGUCACAGGGAAGAUCCAGAAACUAACAAAGGCUGUGGCCACGUACCAUGCCAACACAGAGAGAGAACAGAAGAAGGAGAAUGAGAGGAUUGAGAAGGAGAGAAUGCGUCGUCUGAUGGCGGAGGAUGAAGAGGGCUACAGGAAGCUGAUUGAUCAGAAGAAGGACAAACGCCUGGCCUACCUCCUGCAGCAGACAGACGAGUAUGUGGCCAACCUGACGGAGUUGGUGAGGCAGCACAAAGCUGCCCAGGUACUAAAGGAGAAGAGGAGGAGGAAAAAGAAAAAGCUUCAAGAAAAUACAGAAGGCCAACAGUCUUCACUUGGACCAGAUGGCGAGCCUCUGGAUGAGACGAGCCAGAUGAGUGACCUUCCAGUCAAGGUGAUCCAUGUGGAGAGUGGCAAGAUCUUGACUGGUACAGAUGCUCCAAAGGCUGGGCAACUGGAUGCCUGGCUAGAGAUGAAUCCUGGUUACGAAGUUGCUCCAAGAUCAGACAGCGAGGAGAGCGGGUCUGAGGAGGAAGAGGAGGAAGAGGAGGAGGACCAGUCUUCAGCCACUGUCACCGCUAAGCCUGCAGUGGAAGAGAAGAAAAUCGCUGAUCCAGACAGUGAUGAUGUUUCGGAAGCAUGUGCUCGGGAGAUUAUCGAGAGCGCCCGCCAGGAUGUGGAUGACGAGUACAGCAUAUCUCACGCUGCCCCUACAGGCCCGCAGUCCUACUAUGCCGUAGCACAUGCUGUUAGUGAGAGAGUAGACAAGCAGUCCAGCCUUUUGGUGAAUGGUGUUCUCAAACAGUACCAGAUCAAAGGCCUGGAGUGGCUCGUGUCCCUCUAUAACAACAAUCUGAAUGGGAUCCUGGCUGAUGAGAUGGGUCUCGGAAAGACUAUACAGACGAUUGCUCUGAUCACAUACCUCAUGGAACACAAGCGCAUCAACGGGCCAUUCCUCAUCAUAGUGCCACUGUCGACACUAUCUAACUGGGUUUAUGAGUUUGACAAGUGGGGACCCUCUGUGGUGAAAAUAUCAUACAAGGGAUCCCCUGCUGCUCGCCGUGCAUUUGUCCCUAUACUCCGCAGUGGAAAAUUUAAUGUUCUGCUUACUACAUAUGAAUAUAUCAUCAAAGACAAGCACAUCCUGGCCAAGAUCCGUUGGAAGUAUAUGAUUGUCGAUGAAGGUCAUCGUAUGAAGAACCAUCACUGCAAGCUAACACAAGUCCUUAAUACUCACUAUGUGGCCCCUCGUCGCCUGCUUCUUACCGGUACCCCUCUACAGAACAAACUGCCCGAGCUGUGGGCACUUCUGAACUUCCUGCUGCCAACUAUUUUCAAGAGCUGCAGCACAUUUGAACAGUGGUUCAACGCUCCCUUUGCAAUGACUGGAGAGAAGGUGGAUUUAAAUGAAGAAGAAACGAUUCUAAUUAUUCGUCGUCUUCACAAAGUCCUCCGCCCUUUCUUGCUUCGAAGGCUUAAGAAAGAAGUGGAAGCUCAGCUGCCAGAAAAGGUUGAGUAUGUCAUUAAAUGUGACAUGUCCGCGUUACAAAGGGUUCUGUACAGGCAUAUGCAGGCCAAAGGAGUUCUUCUUACAGACGGUUCAGAGAAGGAUAAAAAGGGUAAAGGUGGUACAAAGACCCUGAUGAACACUAUUAUGCAGCUUAGGAAGAUUUGCAACCACCCAUACAUGUUCCAGCAUAUAGAGGAAUCCUUUUCCGAACACUUAGGUUUCACAGGAGGCAUUGUGCAGGGGCAGGACCUCUACCGUGCCUCUGGAAAGUUCGAGCUCCUUGACCGAAUUCUUCCCAAAUUACGAGCCACCAACCACAAAGUUCUACUCUUCUGUCAGAUGACCACCCUCAUGACCAUCAUGGAGGAUUAUUUUGCUUAUCGUGGCUUUAAAUACCUCAGAUUAGAUGGAACCACUAAAGCAGAAGACCGUGGAAUGUUAUUGAAGACCUUCAAUGAGCCUGGAUCAGAAUACUUCAUCUUCCUGCUCAGUACUCGUGCUGGAGGCUUGGGCCUCAAUUUGCAGUCCGCAGACACCGUCAUCAUCUUUGACAGUGACUGGAACCCACAUCAGGAUUUACAGGCCCAGGAUCGAGCUCACCGCAUUGGUCAGCAGAACGAGGUGCGUGUUCUGCGUCUGUGCACAGUAAACAGUGUGGAAGAGAAGAUUCUGGCAGCCGCAAAAUACAAGCUGAAUGUGGAUCAGAAGGUCAUCCAAGCUGGAAUGUUUGAUCAGAAAUCCUCCAGCCACGAGCGGAAGGCGUUUCUGCAGGCCAUUCUGGAGCAUGAGGAGCAGGACGAGGAGGAAGAUGAGGUUCCUGAUGAUGAGACUGUGAAUCAAAUGAUUGCAAGACAUGAAGAGGAGUUUGAUUUGUUCAUGCGAAUGGAUUUGGACAGGCGGCGAGAGGAAGCUCGCAAUCCCAAGCGCAAGCCUCGUCUGAUGGAGGAGGAUGAGCUGCCAUCUUGGAUCAUUAAAGAUGAUGCUGAGGUGGAGCGUCUUACCUGUGAAGAGGAGGAGGAGAAAAUGUUUGGUCGGGGUUCCCGUAAUAGGAAGGAGGUGGAUUACAGCGACUCUCUGACGGAGAAACAGUGGCUAAAGGCCAUAGAAGAGGGUACAUUGGAGGAAAUUGAGGAGGAGGUACGCCAGAAGAAGACGUCUCGCAAGCGGAAGCGAGAUAUAGACCCGUGCAUGUCCCAUUCCUACCACCAGCACGCGGAAUCGGGAAAGAGAUGACGAGGGCAAGAAGAAGAAAAGAGGAAGACCGCCAGCUGAGAAGCUCUCCCCCAACCCUCCAAACCUCACCAAGAAGAUGAAGAAAACUGUGGACGCAGUUAUCAAGUACAAGGACAGCUCCACAGGACGUCAGCUUAGCGAGGUCUUCAUUCAGCUCCCUUCCCGAAAAGAACUGCCAGAGUAUUACGAGCUGAUUCGCAAACCUGUGGACUUUAGGAAAAUCAAGGAGAGGAUCAGAAAUCACAAGUACCGUAGUCUAAACGACCUGGAAAAAGACGUCAUGCUGCUAUGUCAGAACGCUCAGACUUUCAACCUUGAAGGGUCCCUGAUAUAUGAAGACUCCAUUGUGCUGCAGUCGGUCUUCACCAGUGUGAGGCAGAAGAUCGAGAAGGAGGAGGAUAGUGAAGGGGAGGAAAGUGAAGAGGAGGAGGAAGGAGAGGAAGAAGGCUCAGAAUCUGAGUCUCGCUCCGUUAAAGUGAAGAUUAAGCUGGGUCGUAAGGAGAAAAUGCAGGAACGAAUGAAGGGGCGCAGGCGCACCAGCAGGGGUUGCAGGGCCAAGCCUGUGGUCAGCGAUGACGACACUGAGGAGGAGCAGGAGGAGGAACGCUCAGGAAGCGGCACUGAAGAGGACUGA